UUCUACGUAUUUUAAUUGUCCUAUCCAUUGUUGUAACGCACAUUUGAAAACUGCAUUGUUGAAUUUGCGCGAUAUAAAUUAAUAAAUGUUAUGUUAUGUUAUGUUAUGUUAUGUUAUGUUAUGUACCUGAAUAACUGUAACAAAGCUGUAACAAUAUUUUACUCUACGAUUAUAAGAACUGAUGUAUUCUUUUCCAAUUUAGAUUGGUCAAGAUGAAGAUAAUGAGGUCGAGUAUAGCGAUAGAACGUUAGACGGAAACAGAUCAAAAGACUCAAGGUAAUGUUUAUGAUACAAAGAAAACAUGUUUUGGAAAUAGAUUACUCAUUUAACUGAAAUACUGCGAAGGGUUUGCAUCGUCGUGAAGUACAGUAUAUGUUUGUCUAUUUCUCAGACAGGACCAAUAUUACCAACAUUUCCACAAAAUUACUGUAUAUUAUCACCAUGCAAAACUACAACGUGAAAGAACUUCAAAAUGCUACUGUUUAUCUACCAUUUGUUAGUGAGACUAGAACUCAGCUAAUAAACUGAUUUUCUUUUUUGUUUUUUCAGAGAUGACUAUUCAGAUGAAACUUUAACAAUCACAAGAAAACUUCAAAGUAUGUUACCUAGCUAUCCAGUGCAUGUUUUACCAGUAGAAAAUGUAGUUUACAGUAAUUUAUAUUGUAUUUUUGAAUCUAUCAAUCUAUAGGUACAAGACUGGAUGACCCUGGACUUGUAAUUAAGGAUGGAGAUGACGAUUCAAUAGUAAGUAUAUAUCACUUCAAUGGCAACUAAGUUAUAGACUCGUUACUCUGCCAGUGUUUGUGGCGUGCUGAUCGAGUGAUAGACUCUGUGGCUCCGUCUAGGUGAAAUUCAUCAAAGUCAUAAAUUUAGAGAUACUAAAUAUAGUGGUUUUAUCCGUUGAAAUAAAAUUCCCACGUCAACAGACACGUAUACCCUUGCUUGUAAUCUCGAUUUUUGGGUGAAGAACAAAGAGGAAUAUGUCUUAUGUCGAAUAGUAUUGUAGUUUUGCUAUGGAGUGCUCGUGCAAAACCACGCCGUCAAAAGUCCUUAAAUAGUCCUUAUAGCUCAUAUUAUGGGAAGAACCCUGAUAAUAUAAUUGUUCAUUCAAAGCUCCAGUGUAGGUAGCGAUGAACAGUAUACUUGAGGGAUUACAUGAUCAAUUUACCUCAUUUACUGCGGUCAAAGCAAAGUGUAAAUGAAAAAUGUAAGCCGGUAUAAUUCAGAAAAUACUUUUUUAUUCCUAAAUUUAAAACCAUCCAUUUGAAGAAAUUGUUGAGUAAAUUGUUAAAUGAAUGUGUAUGCCGUAAUUAAAACACUGUUUCUUGUUCUAGUCUGGUUCAUCUUCGACCAGCUUCGGAGAAUCAAGCGGACCAUCUCGAAGUUCGUUUGUUGGCAGCUUACCAGAUGUUCUACCAGAAAGACAACAGAAAGAACUUAAGGUAACUGAUGCGUGAAUAUGAUGAUAGUACAGUACGUUCAUGUUGUCAUGAUGCAUGCAUGCAUUGUCUGAAAAUGACCUUUAGUCGGCUUAUGGAGCUACACUUCUUGACUUCGCUGCUAAAGUAUAGAGCCGAGAAAAGCUUGAAUGAAAUUUAGUGGAUUAUUUUGCAAAAGUAAGCCACAUAAAGUACGACGUUUUUGCACUACAAUUGAUAACAUGUGUUAAAUGCCUGUUUUUUUCUUAAAAUUAGAACCUAGAACAAGAAUUACAAUUAUAACAAGUCACAUAUUAUUAGCACUGAUGAAGAUCCGGGCUUACGGAUCGAAAGCUUUGCAGUAAUAAAUUUACUUGGUGUUUCCACAAACAAAGCAUUAUUAGAUUAGAACCUGAUUAUAUCCCUACCAGGAACAAACGCUUCGUUCAUUUAACCAUUAGCCUAUUUUAAGCCCUGCACACCAUAAUUUUCAUUAUUUGUGACAAUGACAAUUUCAAAUUACCAACUAAGGUAUUGGGCUCAAAUAGUAGAGUGUCUUUCCUAUAUCCAUUGUGUGUGUUAUAGGAAAAAGAAAAGAAGAUGAAGAAGUCCAAGCCCAAAGAUGAUGUUGAUAGCAAUUCUAUAUCGGAUGAAUCUAUUUCUUCCUCAUCCUCAAAUUUGGAUGAAAAGAAAUAUAGAAAAGCUUCAAAGUCGUUCGUCUUUGGCAGUAAACAACAAGUUCCUGCUGAAGUGUCAGUCAAUGUUACACCUGAAAGGACAGUGUCUCAGUACGACGACUCGACGGUAAGUGUAUUGGGAUUUUGUCACGGUUACUGAAUGGCGAAAAGCUGAAACCCUUGGAUCUGGAAUUAUGAUGCUCUUCUCGAUUUACCCUUUCCCCACGCCAAACGAGGGUUUAUUUGGGGAUUAUUAUGCGUUUAGCCGUAUAAAUGUUUAAUGAAGGAAAUAUACUGUAUAUUUUUUUUUAAUAUUGUAUUUGCAUGAGAUUUCCUCGGGGUUUUUUUUACAAACUUAGCCAUAAAUGACAGGUUAUCCCUACAUAGCUUAUUGCUCCAUUACCAGGGUCCCUAAUUUUGUGUUUAUAUAGGUUUGAGACCCCCCACGGACACGAAAGUGAACAUGCACAUAUAAAUGGCGGACUAUACAAUUAGAGUUUCUCUAAGUUAAUGCAAUGGGGUAUAAGGAGGGCAAUUCUUAAUUAGGAUCUUGUAAUGUAUAACAUUAGUAAAAUGUAACAUAAAACUCCUACUGCAUUGUGAAAUACUCCAUUCUUGUUUGGCGUGUGAUUACAAUUUGUGCUUACUUUCCAGAUGCCACAAAUUGGUAAAUAUAAAUACAAAUUUCGAACUGAAAUUCUCUGUGGUGCGCUUUGGGGUGAGUGUAUUCUGAUAAUAUACUGGCAGUUUUUACAGAUUAUUCACAGUGAAACAUUUGUGUGAAACAUUUGUUCACAUAUGUAUUUCGGUGGGAUUUGUCUUUUUCUUAUCUAUUCCAUACUUGGUGAAAUCCACGUUACAUGCACGUAUGUGUCUUGGCAAGGGCUUGGAAUGUUUUGUUUUAACACAGUUGUUUUGUUAAUAAAGGUGUCAACCUUCUGAUUGGAACAGAAAAUGGCCUUUUUUUGCUGGAUAGAAGCGGCAACGGAAAAGGUAGGGACUUACAUGUCAUACAUAUAAAUAAGCAAGGGUAAUGCUAAAGUGCCUUGGGUAUUAGUAUACUACUUCAUACUCUAAUGCUCAAUAACACGAGCUGGUUAGGCUAAUAAAGCCCAACUAUUUAGGAUUUUGGAUCUUUUAAAACAAACAGGCCAUUUUUAAAAUUUCAUUUGUCUUUCUCUAAUGUUAUAUCUGCGACAUUAGUUCCAUGAUUUCACAUCUUUAUAGUUGUACUCCCAUAUGGCAUUUUAACACUAUGCUUGUACAUUUUUUAGAUCGGUUCGUAACGUUAAUGUAUACAUACCGGCAUGCAUACAUACCGUAGAAAAAUAAUCAUAUUUGUGUUAUUUGGUGUUUAGUUUUUACAAUGGUGUCAAGGAGGAGAUUUGAACAGAUUGACGUUUUGGAAGGCAUAAACGUUUUAACGAGUAUUAGUGGUAAUGUAUUUUUGUGUUAUGAAAUCUCUUAUACGGCUUUACGGUUGCCCACUAGGGGUCAUGGAAGAUACAAUUGGUUUUAUCCGUGGAGAA